AAAACAGCCUGGUCACCUCUAUGGGAUUCAGGGUUUGGGGUAGCAGAUGGGAGUUAAUAUGUCUGGUUCCCAGGGUGGCUGCAGAGAUAGGAGACUCCAAGCCCAGCACAACAGGGGAGAGGCCUAACUCAGCAAUGGAGCGGUGCAUUGCCCAGUGUAACGUGAGCCCCAAUCUUGGUCAUGGUCAUUGCAGCACUUGACACAUCUAAUCUUUGCUGUUUCCUCUCCCAGUACAUGUUUACCUCCUCUGAGAAGUUUGUGGUGCAGCGCAGGCAGUUGCUGGAGCGGUGCCGAAAGGAAAUGCUGCCGAAGACAGAGUCCCUGCUGAAUGCAGAGCUGAUGAAGGACAAAGAGGCCCUGCUGAGGGAGCUGGAGGCAGAGCUGAUGCGGAUGGCUGAGUCCUUCAAGGCGACUAAUGAGAAGCACAAGAAGAUGGCGCUGAGAGUGGUCUACGCAGUUGCUGGUGCUGGGGUCGUCGCAGCUGCUGGUGCUGGGGUCGUCGCAGCUGCUGGUGCUGGGGUCGUCGUCGCAGCUAGUGCUGCUAGGGUCGUCGCAGCUGGUGCUGCUAGGGUCGUCGCAGCUGGUGCUGCUAGGGUCGUCACAGCUGCUUGUGCUAGGGUCGUUGCAGCUGCUGGUACUGGGGUCAUCGCAGCUGCUGGUACUGGGGUCGCAGCUGCUGGUACUGGGCUCGUCAUAGCUGCUGAUGCUGGGUUCAUCGCAGCUGCUGGUGCUGGGCUCGUCAUAGCUGCUGGUGCUGGGCUCGUCACAGCUGUUGGUGCUAGGCUUGUCACAGCUGCUCGUGCAGGAGUCGUCGCACCUGCUGGUGCUGGGGUCGUCGCACCUGCUCGUGCAGAGGUCGUCGCACCUGCUCGUGCAAGAGUCAUCACACCUGCUGGUGCUGGGCUCGUCGCACCUGCUCGUGCAGAGGUCGUUGCACCUGUUCGUGCAGGAGUCAUCGCACCUGCUGGUGCUGGGGUCGUCACAGCUGCUGGUGCUAGGCUCAUCAUAGCUGUCGGCGUGGGGGUCGUCGUAGCUGUCUGGGCUAUUUUCAUCAAGUAUAACUGA